AUGGGAAAAUCGAGUCGCAAGGAGAAAAAGAGGAGGAGAAAUUCCUCUCGCGAUCGUCUCACAGUCCUGGAGAAUAAAGUAGAACGCGUGCUUGGCCUAUUGUCUCAAAGAGAGGUUAAAUCGCCCGGCCGCCCUCGAUCUUCGACAUCGAUUCUAACCACUGAGAUCCAGGAUAAUCUAGGGUCAUGCAGCGACUCGGAAUCUAUAAGAUCCGUCUCGGCCGGUGCCUCCCAGGCUUCCUCGGAAGGCCAAGUAUUACCGGCGGACCAGAUGUAUUCAGGAGCAAGUAACUUAUCUGUCAGAUCCUCAUCCCCUACACCACACAAACGAGUUAGGUUAGAGGAAGGACCGUCCACUAACGUGGAAGAGGAAGCAGCAGAGCCUCUAACUAAAGAGUUAUUUGGAUCCGACCUCGUUCAAGAGGAGUUAGCGCCGUGGAAUGAGCUAGUGACUCAUCGUUGGCGCGAUCUGGCGCGCAAGGGCCUCCCGGCAGAGCAGCGCGAUCCUUUACUAAAGAAAUAUGCCCCUGGCGAAGCAGUGGCUUUUCUUAAAGCCCCCAUGCUAAAUCAAGAGUGCAAGGUGGCUCUUAAGAAUAACUCGAUAGUGAAGAGAGACAAUUACAACAACAUGAAUCAAAAUCAGGUGGGCGCGGCCUUAUGUGCAUUGGGCGAAGCGAUCUCUGACUUCCUUAGACCAGAUACGCAAAGAUCCUUGUGUCCUGAGGCCCGGUUAGCAGUGGCUAAAGUCAACGAGGGAGCCCAAAUCUUGACAGAUUUACAUUACAGGUUAUCCCUCGCUAGGAGAGCUCAGAUUGCACCCACUCUGAAUCUAACAGCCAAGGCUACAAUUGACUCCAUUCCGGUGGACGAUUUCCUGUUUGGUGCCUCUUUUGGAGAGGAAAUUAAAAAGGUUGCCUCCAUGGAAAAGUCUUCGAGGGACAUUAUUAAGGCACCGCUAACAGUCUCAAAACGAGUACAACAACCGCUAAAACAGCCAGCGCAGGAGCUCGAGAUCGGCUUGGAGGAGAACAGGGGUAACAAGCGAUCGCCGCCGAUCAACAUACCGCUCCAGGUCCCAUUCGAGGAGGCGUUAAACUGUGUGGAGGUAAAUAGAGCGGGCAGGUUGUCAGCCUACCUUCCCCGGUGGAAGGAAAUCACCUCAGACCAGUUAAUUUUACAAGCCGUCGCAGGGUACAGACUCCCAUUUGCACAACAGCCACUUCCCUCAGAGAGAAAACCUUCUGUUCAUCUCUCUAAACUAGAAAAACAGAUCUGCUCUCAAGAAGUUGCUAGUCUUCUUGAUAAGGGGGCGAUCGAGAUGGUAGAGCCGUGCGAAGGUGAUUACCUAUCGCCAUUCUUUGUCAUUAGAAAAUCCUCGGGAGGAUGGAGAUUUAUUCUCAAUCUAAAAAAUCUCAACCGAUACGUUAUAGCUCCGCACUUUAAGUUAGAAAAUUGGAAAACAGUUAUUCGCCUUUUAUCCCAGGGCGAUUUCCUUGCCUCUAUUGAUCUAGAGGACGCCUAUUUCCUCGUUCCUAUUCACCAAGAAGAUAGGAGAUUUUUACGUUUCCAGUUCCAGGGACAACGCUAUCAAUUUAGAGUUCUACCCUUUGGCCUAGCCUCAGCGCCUUAUAUAUUUACCAAAAUAUUAAAACCGGUGCUACAUAUUCUUAGAGAGAAAGGGUUUCUCUCCGUGGUUUAUCUAGAUGAUUUCCUGCUCAUCGCACCUUCUUACCACCAGUGUAUCCAGAACGUCUCUACAACAAUGGAUCUCUUAACAUCAUUAGGCUUUAUAAUUAAUAAGAAGAAGAGUGUUCUCACACCAGCGAAAAUCUGCAGAUUUCUAGGCCUUAAUUUCGAUACGGAUCUAUUCGCAAUAGCAAUCCCCUCGGACAAAAGAGCUAGUCUUCUUCGAAGGACCCUAGAUAUGCUAAGCAGAACUCGCUGUAGUAUUCGAGAUUUGGCCAGCUUUAUAGGUUCCCUGGUAGCAGUCUGUCCAGCUGUCCAAUACGGCAUUCUACAUACUAAAUCUUUAGAGAGAGAGAAGUUCUUAGCUUUGACAGCGUCAGAGGGUAAUUUUGAAGCCCAGAUGUCCCUUCCGACCUUUCUUAGGAAGGAUCUAUCAUGGUGGAAGGAUAUCUUCGCGGAUACAUCGCAGCGAAAUUAUAUUAGGUCGGAUAUUUUCGAGCUUGAAAUCUUCUCAGAUGCUUCCCUGACGGGAUGGGGAGCUGCUUGCAAGGGGGAACGCACUCAUGGUUUUUGGUCAACGGAGCAAAAGAAACUGCAUAUCAAUCAUUUGGAACUCCUAGCGGUUUUCCACGCGUUAAGAUGCUUCGCAUCACACUUACUUGGUGCCAGUGUGCUUUUAAGAGUGGACAACUCCACGGCCUUGGCAUACAUUAAUCGCAUGGGUUCGAUUAAGUUCCCUAUACUAUCAAACCUUACACGAGAAAUAUGGGAUUGGUGUGCGGAACGAGAUUUGUUUAUUUAUGCCUCAUACAUUCCCUCGGCACAAAACGUGGAGGCAGACGCAGAAUCGAGAGUGGUAGCGCAAGAAACAGAAUGGACUUUAGCGCAGAAAUAUUUUGACAUAAUCUUGGAGCACUUUGGACCCUUCGAUAUUGACCUGUUUGCUACAUCAAUUAAUUGCAAAUGCCAUCGAUUUGUGUCUUGGCUUCCAGACCCUUUAGCUGAGGCAGUGGAUGCCUUUUCUCUAAAAUGGUCGGACGUAUUCUUUUAUGCAUUCCCACCUUUCAUUCUAAUAUUAAGAAUGUUACGCAAGAUUAUCACGGAUAAAGCCGUGGGAGUGGUUGUUGUGCCGUGGUGGCCUGCCCAGCCAUGGUUCCCAUUACUUAAUCAACUCAUGGGUAGUUCAUCCAGCCUGGACAAGGAUUUCCCUGGCAGUCGCCAAAUUAUCCGGCAAGCCUUCUUGCACAAAGGGAUCCCGCCAUCCGCAUUAACAGCAACUUUAGCAUCAAUCUCUAGUUCUACACUAGCUCAAUAUACAAAACCUAUUAGAUUAUGGUGGCAUUUCUGCAAACAGAAGGGAAGCUGUUGCUUCAAUCCUUCAGUCUCAUUCUUUCUAGAGUUCUUGUCGAAUUCCUUCGAGGAGGUGGGUUCGUACGCCAUCUUGAACUCAUAUCGCUCAGCGAUAUCUCUUAUCUCAAUGAAUGAUUUGGGCUCACAUCCCUUGGUAAAGAGAUAUUUCAGGGGUGUCGCAGCCUUAAAACCUCAACGUCCCCGUUAUGAUUAUAUUUGGGACCCAUCCCCAGUAAUUGAUUAUUUAGCCACGUUAUAUCCGCAUGAAGAUUUGACGCUAGAAAGACUAUCAGGGAAGUUGGCAACGCUUCUUGCCCUCACAACUGCCCAAAGAAUGCAGACCCUGGCAGCCAUUCAGCUCCAAAAUAUCUCUAUUUCGGAUUCUCUUAUAAUAAAAAUUCCAGCCAGACUUAAAACCUCAGGGAUUGGGAAAUCUCAGCCAUUACUUUCGUUUAAGCCCUUUUGGGAUAAACCAGAACUUUGUGUAGUAUCCCUAGUUAAAUUUUAUCUCAGAUACACAGAGAAUCUCCGUCAGGGAAACGAGGGCUCACUCUUUAUUUCCUUUCGUGCCCCAUACAAUGCGGUUUCUUCUCAAACGCUGGGCAGAUGGGUAAAAUCGGAACUGGGUGCAGCGGGAAUAAAUAUAGAUAUUUUUUCGGCCCACUCCACCCGCCAUGCCUCGACAUCUCUUGCGGCUAGCAAGGGUAUUAGUUUGGAAGAAAUUAGACGCACGGCUGGUUGGAGCAAUUCAUCUGACAUAUUUGCACGCUUUUAUAACCGUCCUAUAGUUGAGGACUCCUCUUUCCAGUCAGCGAUUCUGAAUAGAUCUUAA